AUCUGUACGCCGACGGCGAGCGCGAAUAUCCGGUGCGGGCGGUGGUGCGGACCGAGGCCGUAAAAACGACUGCUGGAGAAGAACUACCGCGCCGUCGCUGAACGUAACCGCAAUCGCGUCGCGUUAUAAUCGUGUCGUCUUCGUCGCCGUGUCGUUCUUACAGAGUACUCCGACGUCGUCAUGAAAAACGCAAUAUUAUCGACACCGCGAUGGCGGUAACGGUGGUGUUCCGUAAUCAUUGCAAUCGCGACCGUACGUACUGUUACGCUUCCGCCGGUGACGUGACACGGAUUUCGUCGCACUGUUAUACUGCAGGCGCACCAGAGGCUUAUUACGAGUUAUUACGGCAUCGACAACAACAACGACAACAACAUCAACAACAACAACAACAACAAUAAUAAUAUAAGAAUAAUAAGAAUAAGAAUAACAGUAUCGACAGAUACGUGUCCGCAGCACAGCGCCUGAAGUUUCGUUAUUAUUGUCAUCAUCAUUGCGUCACUGUCACCUAUUACGAUGUCGUCGUAGUGUUCAGCGGUCGGUGUACGGCGAUAACGCGUGAGAUAUAACACAGGUACACGUCAAUAUUAUUUAUUGUCGUUUGGCGUGCCCAACACGACGACAACGACGACGACGCCCGCGAACGCGUUGUAGUGUGCCGGCGGUGGUGCGUUUAAUCGCUGGCAAACCGUCCGUCGCGUACUAUAAUAAUAUCAUUAUUGCUGUUGUCAUUAUUGUACCUAUUCGCAGCAGUGAUCGCAAUACGAGUGUGCAGGCCUUGUCCGUGUCGUCUUAUCCGCCGUCGGUGUCGUCGAGAUAUCCAUUGCCGUCGGUUCUUUCCGGCGCGUUCGGGCGAUGGCCACAAGCGGUUUCCGGGCCUGCCGCCGCCGCCGCCGCCGUCGUAACGCGAUCCGACAAAACAGCUGUCCGCCCGCUGACGUCGUCGUCGACGGACACGUCUCAAACAGGUACAUCGUCCGCAAACGUUCCGUCGUCGCCGUCGCUGUUGUUGAACCGAGUGACUUGAGAACCGAAUUCAAAUGUUUAUAAACAUGACAAUUUUAAUUCAGUAGAGCUGGCACUGUGUACUCAAACGCAUCCAGUGAUAACAUCAUUUCUUUUUCACAUGGAGAAUAUCAGCUGAAAAAUACAAGAUGUCUUGACAAUGACGCCAAUGGCGGCAAUAUGAGAUCCUUACCGCCGGGUCAAGAUGGAAUCGACUACUGUAAAAUCCGCAGAGACCGAAACCACCACCACCAUCACCACCAUCAUCACCACAACAAUCACCACAGCGUUGGCAGUGGCAGCAGUGGCGGCACGCUUCGUCGGUCGUCGGCAUCAUUGCUGGAACCACCGUCUCCCGCCGAACGGUACCACGGCACCAUCGAGGGCCACUACCGUUUGCAUGACCUGGCCCUCGACCGGUACGUCCCACCGCCGUCCCCCGAACGGUAUUCAUCGGGCGUAUCGUCGUCCAGCCGGUCGUACCAGCAACACCAUCACCAGCAGCAGUCGCUGGACGAUCGGUACUCUUCAUCGUCGUCGUCGUCGUGUCAUGGCACUACCGUCGGAACAGGAAGUGGCAGCAGCGGCAGCAGCCGCAACCACUAUCUUCCGGUAUCGCAGAGCACGUCUGAAAGCUUCAUGUCGCCACCGUCACCAGUGGCCGAACGGUUCGACUAUGCCGCGCGUCACCACGACAGUUACGCCAACGCCGCCAAACGAAACGAAUCCGCUUAUUCCAGAUACCACAUACCGGCCGAGAGGUUUGUUCCGAUCGUUUCUCCUGACGAUGGUUACGACGGCCACUACGACCGGUGCGACGACGCGGCGUACAGCUCCCGGAAAGAGGCGGCCGCGCUGUACUCGAGGGCGUCGGCGAUCGUGGACGCGAUGCCUUCCUCGGCGGCCGCGCUGUCCAGGGCGUACGCGACAGCCACCCUGAGACCGUCGAACCGCUGCUGUACGGGCCCGCUGUACAGCGGCGGUGGCAGUGGCGGAUUGGGAGGCAGCGGCGUCGGCGUCGGCGGCGGCGGUGGCGGUGGCGGCGGAGGGUGCGGUUACCAGUACGGCACCGUCGGUCGGUCGCGGUCGCCCAGGGACCUGUCGCCUUCCGGACUGGUCAGACAGCAAGCCGCCCACAUGUCUUCCACAGGGUCGCCGCCGAAAGGUCCGUCGAACAGCAGCAGCAACAGCAACAACAACGCGUGCCUGGUCCAGUACGACGCGCACUCGGCCAUCACACUGCCCCGGUGCAGUAGCGCCAACGUCGUUUGCGCCGGACAAAACGGUUACGACGAACCGGCGGCCAACAGUUACGGCGGCGGUCACGCGGCCGCGCGCCGCAUAUCGUCGUCGUGCAUCAGGGAGAGCUCGGCGCUGGCGUGCUGUCCGACAGCCGCUUAUUCGGGCAACGCCGGGCUGUCCGGCGCCAAGAGUGCGGCGGCCGCGACGUCGGCUUCCGCGGCUGCGGCGGCGGCGGCGGCGGCCACGUCCACUCAGUCGGCCGUCGCCGCAGCAGUAGCGGCAGCGACGACCUCCGCGCAGCCGUCGACUGCCGUCCAAGCUUGCGGCAGCGGAAGCAACGGCGGCAACAACAACAACGCACACUGUCCUCCGACUCAACCCAACAACGCUUCGUGGAAACCUGGGUUUACUAAAGGGUUGACUAUUCAAGCUCAAACAAACUCAAGAUCUCCACCACUUUCCAUAACUUCAAGCCCUGGAUCAAUUCAAUCAUCUAGCAGUUCAAGUAGCGGUGUCCAUUCGGCACCUCCAAAUAUGGAAUCCACAGCUGAACGCAAGUAUGACCCUCCAUUCAGGUCCAUGUCGGCGCCUGCACCCAGUAAUUCACAACCAUUAUCUUCAUCCACUGAAGUGACAACUGAUAACUCUGAAGAAACUGCUAGUACAUGUACAGUACCUGCCAACAGUAGUGGUUCAGACCAACCAAAUAGUCCUCCAUCAGAAACUGUUUAUCAUCCAAAACACAUACACCAUCAAACAUCAUUACCAAUUUUAUCAUCAAAUAUUUUAAACAAACCUAGAACAUUUCACAGGCCAAUGUCAAAGACAGAAACUGUAAAAAAUUUUAUUAAGAGAGAAACAGCUAUGUUUUUUGGACUUGAUGAAGAAUUUGAAGAAACUGAAAAACUUAAAUGGUUAGAUAGAAGAAAACGUUUAGCAACUAGAAAAUAUGGAGAGUUAAAAAAUGAAUACAUUAAUUCUGUAAAUGAAAUUCCCGUAAAUCAAAUAGCACAGCCUGAUGUAUUACAAUCUAGUCGAGAUAUUGAUGAACGAGAUAGUACCAAUCGUGUUCAACCUUUAGGAAGGAAACCAUCUGUUGCUAAAUUAACAUUAAGAGGAUUAUCUUUUGUUAUUUCGAAAACACUUAGUCGUAAAAAGAAAAUAAUAUCAACUCCAAAUGAAUGGUCUCGAAGUUAUCCCUCAUCCGUCGCAUCUGAUGCUCCAACAAUUGUAUCCCAAAUGACUGAUGAUGUGUUUUUUGAUCGACUCUCCUCGGAUAGCGGCGACCAAGGAAUAGAACAAGAAGUCGUAGAUUCUGGUGGAAAUUAUGAAAAUUCAAUUAGACAACAUUAUAAAAAACCACAUCAAAGUUUCAGAAGAUAUUCUAGUUGGCAAAGAAAUCCAUCAAGGAGAGCUGAAGAUGAUCAUAUGCCAAACAUUGGAAUGGGUAGAAUUUGGGGCAGAGUAUUAGAUAGAGCAUUUGAUAACUCUGAUAGAAGGCAGUAUGGAAUGGGUUUUAUUGGAAGAGUAUGCAGACGUUCAUUAAAUAAGACAGUCAUAAACAGAAGGGAUGUGAAACAACAGCUUGAUGAUUUAGAAGAUCACAGACCGUUUUUUACUUAUUGGGUGACAGUAGUUCAAAUUUUAGUGCUAUUCUUAUCAAUAUUUUCCUAUGGUCUUGGACCUUUUGGUAUUGAUCUCAGUCACCAAUCUGGUGCUGUCAUGGUCACAAGUUUAUCCGUACAAAUAAUUGAAUACAUAGAACCUUCAAAUUUUUGGAUUGGACCACGAGCAGCGGAUUUAAUACAUUUGGGGGCUAAAUUUGCUCCUUGCAUGCGAAAAGAUAAAAAUAUAAUGAAAGAAAUUGAAAAAUGGCGAGAAAAAGAGAGAGAAACUGCUUGUUGUAUAAGAAAUGAUGACUCUGGAUGUAUUCAAGCAUCAAAAGAACAAUGCACAUUUUUAAUACCAUCUCACAAACGACUGACGGAUUGGGGCGGUGGUAAUGGUGGAGGAGGUGGAGAUGGAGAUAAACCACCAUCGACAUCAAUCUCUAAAUGGAAAAAAUGGUCAGAAGUAGAAUCAGGGCCUGGAGGAAGAAUAUCUGGUUCUGUUUGUGGCCUAGAUCCAAAGUAUUGUGAAGCUCCUGCAUCUAUAGCGCCAUUUGAAUGGCCUGACGAUAUAACAAAAUGGCCAAUUUGCCGUAAGAUGAGUGGUAGAGGUAGUGCAAGACAUAGCAGUUGGGGUAGUCCAUUGAUUCAGAAACUAACAUCUGCUGAACACAUGAUUUGCGAAGUAAUAGGACACCCAUGCUGUAUUGGAAUACAUGGCACUUGUCGAAUAACUACAAGAGAAUAUUGUGAUUUUGUACAUGGUUAUUUUCAUGAUGAUGCUUCGUUAUGCUCUCAAGUUUCAUGUUUAAACGAUGUGUGUGGUCUCAUACCUUUCUUUUCUCCUGAAGUUCCUGAUCAAUUUUACAGAUUGUGGAUAUCACUUUUUAUACAUGCUGGUAUUCUUCAUUUAGCAACAACAAUUGUAAUACAAUAUUUUUUGAUGAGAGAUCUAGAAAAACUGACUGGUUCUUUAAGAAUAGCUUUAAUCUAUUUGGGUUCUGGAGUGGCAGGUAAUCUUGGCAGUGCAAUAUUUGUGCCUUAUAGAGCUGAUGUCGGUCCAGCUGGUUCACAAUUUGGCCUUUUGGCGUGCCUUAUAGUUGAAGUAUUGAAUUGUUGGCCUAUGUUGAAAAGGCCCGAGCAGGCACUUUCAAAACUAUUAGCUAUCACUUUUCUGCUGUUUCUGCUCGGGCUACUGCCUUGGGUGGACAAUUUUGCACAUCUAUUUGGUUUCAUUUUUGGAUUCUUAUUAUCUUAUGCAUUGUUGCCAUUUGUUUCAUUCGGACCAUAUGAUCGUCAGAAGAAAAUUUUUCUAAUCUGGGUGUGCCUGUUAUCUGCAUUGUUCCUGUUCUUGUUGUUGUUGUUACUGUUCUACCUUAUACCAAUGUAUGAUUGUGAAAUGUGUAGUUAUUUCAAUUGUAUACCCAUAACUAAAGACUUCUGCGCCAAUCAGAAUAUUAAUUUUAAAAAGGAUGAUUAUACGGUAUGACAAAUGUGGUGGCGACGGUGCAAGACCGCGCAUACGUUAGUGACAACAUUUGCGAAUUGUUUUGUGACUUUAGCCACCUCCUGUAAAAUGCUUGAGGUAUUCGUUGAUAUUUAUACUCCCUUUUCAGUGGUAAAAAGGAAGAAUAAUAAAUUUAAUAAAAUUAUUAUAGUGAUUAAGAAAUUUACUUACUCAGUUUUAUGUAAUUGUGCAAAAAAAAAUUCGUUAAAAAUAAUCAAAUUG